AUGUCUGAGGAUAAUUACGGAAGCUACCAGACUGAGAUUUACGGCAAGGGUGCCCUGAUGGGCAUCCUGCCUAGUGUCACGACUGAUCCUCGGCUGUUGGAGCAGCAGGCGCAGAAGGCGCUUGGAGAGCGCUCGUUUAAUUACGUGGCUGGUGGUGCGGGCGAGAAGGCGACGAUGGACAGCAAUCGGUUGGCGUUCCGGCAGUGGAAGGUCAUCCCGCGCAUGCUGCGCAGUAUGGACCGCCAGGAUAUUUCCGUCGAGUUGUUCGGACAGAAAUACGACAACCCGCUCAUCAUGGCUCCCGUCGGUGUGCAGGGCAUCUUCCACGAGGACAAAGAAACGGGUCUGGCGGAGGUCUGUGAGGAACUCGGGGUGCCUUACACCAUGAGCACGGCCGCGACUAGCACCAUUGAAGAAGUCGCAGCCGCAAGCAACGGCGGGAAGAGGUGGUACCAGCUUUACUGGCCCAAGGAUGACGAUAUCACUCUGUCGCUGCUGAAGCGUGCUAAGGAGAACGGGUUCUCCGUGCUAGUUAUCACGCUCGACACCUGGUCUCUGGCAUGGCGCCCGGCGGAUUUGGAUCAGGCUUACGUUCCCUUUCUCAAGGGCGUCGGAUGCCAGGUUGGUUUCAGCGAUCCGGUUUUCCGCGCGAAGUUUGAGAAAGAGGCCGGGUGCACCAUUGAAGAGGACAUUCUGGGUGCGUCGCGUGCGUGGCUCGGUCAGGUUGCCGCGAGCGGUCCCCACACAUGGGAGGAAUUGGCUUUUGUGCGGAAGCACUGGGAUGGGCCCAUGGUGUUGAAGGGUAUCCAGCACGUGGAGGAUGCGAAGAAGGCGCUGGAAUACGGGUGCAACGGGAUUGUGGUCUCCAACCACGGCGGUCGUCAACUCGAUGGUGCCAUCGGGUCUCUCGAUGUCCUCCCGGAGAUUGUCGACGCGGUCGGCGACAACCUGACUGUGCUCUUCGACUCCGGCGUGCGGACGGGAGUGGAUGUCAUGAAGGCGCUGGCACUGGGAGCCAAGGCGGUGCUGGUCGGCCGACCGGUGAUUUAUGGGCUCGGUAUCGACGGGCGCAAUGGCGCGAAGCAAGUAUUCAAGGGCCUGCUGGCCGAUCUUUGGCAGAGUAUGGGGCUGGCAGGGAUCCGCACUGUGGCCGAGUGCGAUCGGAAGAUGAUCCGCAAGGUGCAGCACGCGGGCGAUGUGAAGGCGAUGAUGUAA